UCUCUCACUCUCACGCCCACACACAGGCACAGCGCCGCCCCCCCUCCCCCAGCUCUCUCACUCUCACCUCGGUUCACCGCCACCGCACGCUCGCCUCCGUCGCCGCACCUCUCACCGGAUCCAUCGCAUCCUGGGCUGUCGCCGGAUCCACCACACGCUCGCGUCUCUUCCGCUUGUCGUCCCUCGCGUGCUCGUCGGCAGCGGUCUUGCUCCCUCUACCUCGUAUUCUGCUCGCCUGGUGUGCUCCACUGCUCGCGUCUUGCCUCUCUUCCUGAAGCUGUGCUUCCUGGUGAGUGCUCGCGUCUCGCCGUACCGCGCCUCCUUCCUUCCCUCACCUUUCUUCCGCGGGUAUUGCUACCUGCACUGCACUGCUCGAUUCUGCCGCUGCAAUAACAGUCAAUAUAUCGAGUCAACCGAUUCAACCCGUGACCUAUCAGUUGAAUCAGAGACCCAAUGACCCAGUAGGCUAACCGAUUCGAUUAAUGAGUCGGUUUUGACAACUAUGAAAAAAAAAAAGGAAUACCUACAGGAAGUAGGGCAGGGAAUAGGGAGGGGUUCAGCUGAACAAGGGUUCCUCUCUCUUUCUCUCUCACUUUGCCCAAAUGCACAACACAAUUCCGAACUCAGCAAAUUUUGAACUGCAGAACACGCCAGCUGGCAAUGGCGUUGAGCUUGCAGAAGAUUGAAGUGGACGAGUCUGUCCUCUUGCGUGUCACUCAUUCUAACCUCAAGACCUUCACUCCUGAAAUUCGCUUCUCCCUUCAGAUGACAGUGGAAGCUGUGAAAGACAAGCUAUGGAGAAAAACUGGUACAUCUGUGGAGUCCAUGCACCUCGAGCUCUAUGAUGACACGCGCAACAAAAUUGCUGAUCUGACUGAUAAUUCCAAACCUCUUGGCUUCUAUUUGCCUAUUGAUGGGUUUUGUUUACAUGUUGUAGAUCUUGAUCCAUCAUCUGUUACAUCUGGUGGCUGGCUGGAAGAUACUUCAUUGGUGGAAAAAUAUACAAUAUCUGAAGAAGCCUAUAAUAAGCGUGAAGGGACUUUUAGAAAGUACAAAGAGAAGUUGACUCCCAAAACUCCAUCAACCAUUGAGGCAAAGAUACCAGACACCCACAUGGAAGAUCUCUGUGCUAAUAUCAAGGUAGGAUCAAGAUGUGAAGUUGAACCCGGCGAGAAAAGGGGUGUUGUAAAAUUUGUUGGUCGGGCUGAGCCACUGGGUCCUGGUUUUUGGGUUGGAGUACAGUAUGAUGAACCCUUGGGCAAACAUGAUGGCAUGGUUAAGGGGGUACGUUAUUUUCAAUGCCCUCCAUCGCACGGUGGAAUGGUCAGGCCGGAAAAAGUUAAGGUUGGUGACUACCCUGAACGAGAUCCCUUUGAAGAGGAUGAAAUAUGAGUGUUCUUGAGAAGCAGCUUUCAACAUAUAGAUUUCCAUUUUUUUAUAGUCAAAGACAUUAUUUUGAAGGUUUACACUUGUAGAAUUUCGAGCUCCUUUAUUUGGUGUUAAUCAUUUGUUUCAAUGCAACAUUCAAGAUUGCUGCUAUCUUAUUACGGCCCUGUGUAAAAGGAAACAAGACGGAGAGAAUGUUGAAUUUGGAUCCGAAGUUUUGAGAGAGAAUAUAUUUUUAAAAUGCUCAAA